GCCGCCCCCGAACUUUGUUGUGACCAGCGUCCCGGACGCCAGCGGCGGCUGCGGCCGCAGGACGGGGCCGCGGCGCUACCAUGGCGGUGCGACAGGCGCUGGGCCGGGGCCUGCAGCUGGGUCGGGCGCUGCUGCUGCGCUUCACGGCCAAGCCUGGCCCGGCCUACGGCUGGGGGCGGCCCGGCCCGGCGGCGGGCUGGGGCCGCGGAGAGCGCCGGGGCUGGGCCGCAGGAGCCGGGGCGGAGCCGCGCAGGGCCGGGCUCGGGCUCCCCGACCGCUACCGCUUUUUCCGCCAGUCGGUGGCCGGGCUGGCGGCGCGGCUACAGCGGCAGUUCGUGGCGCGGGCCCGGGGCGGCGCGGGCCCUUGCGGCCGGGCCGUUUUUCUGGCCUUUGGGCUGGGGCUGGGGCUCAUCGAGGAGAAGCAGGCGGAGGGCCGGCGGGCAGCCUCGGCCUGUCAGGAGAUCCAGGCAAUUUUUACCCAGAGAAAUAAGCUGGUGCCUGACCCACUGGACACUAGGUGCUGGCAGGGCUUCCGGCUGGAGGAGUAUCUGAUAGGGCAGUCCAUCGGCAAGGGCUGCAGUGCCGCAGUGUACGAAGCCACCAUGCCUGCGUUGCCCCAGCACCUGGAGGUGGCAAAGAGGAUCGAGCUGCUCCCAGGGAGGGGCCCAGAUGUCAUCCCGCGAGGACAAGAGGAGGCGCGAGCGGCAGGGGCCCCUGCCUUCCCCUUAGCCAUCAAGAUGAUGUGGAACAUCUCGGCGGGCUCCUCCAGCGAAGCCAUCUUCAGCACAAUGAGCCGGGAGCUGGUCCCAGCUAGCCGAGUGGCCUUGGCCGGGGAGUAUGGCGCAGUCGCUUACAGAAAAUCCAAGGGUGGUCCCAAGCAACUGGCCCCUCACCCCAACAUCAUCCGGGUUCUGCGCGCCUUCACCUCGUCUGUGCCGCUGCUGCCCGGGGCCCUGGUCGACUACCCUGAUGUGCUGCCCCCACGUCUCCACCCAGAAGGCCUGGGCCACGGCCGGACACUGUUCCUCGUCAUGAAGAACUAUCCCUGCACCCUGCGCCAGUACCUUCGCGAGAACACCCCCAGCCCGCGCCUCGCCACCUUGAUGACCCUGCAGUUACUGGAGGGCGUGGAUCAUCUGGUUCAACAGGGCAUCGCACACAGAGACUUAAAAUCCGACAACAUUCUUGUGGAGCUGGACGCAGACGGCUGCCCCUGGCUGGUGAUCACGGACUUUGGCUGCUGCCUGGCUGAUGCGAGCAUCGGCCUGCAGUUGCCCUUCACCAGCUGGUACGUGGAUCGGGGCGGAAACGGCUGCCUGAUGGCUCCUGAGGUGUCCACGGCCCAUCCUGGCCCCAGGGCGGUGAUUGACUACAGCAAGGCUGAUGCCUGGGCAGUGGGAGCCAUCGCCUAUGAAAUCUUUGGGCUCGCCAAUCCCUUCUAUGGCCAGGGCAAGGCCCACCUUGAAAGCCGCAGCUACCAAGAGGCUCAAUUGCCUGCACUGCCUGAGUCGGUUCCUCUAGACGUGAGACAGCUGGUGAGGUCACUGCUCCAGCGAGAGGCCAGCAAGAGACCAUCUGCCCGAGUCGCUGCAAAUGUGCUUCAUCUCAGCCUCUGGGGUGAAGACAUUCUGGCCCUGAAGAAUCUGAAGUUAGACAAGAUGAUUGGCUGGCUGCUGCAGCAGUCAGCCGCCACUCUGCUGGCCAUCGGGCUCACAGAGAAGAGUAGUGUGGAAACAAAAAUGAAGAUGCUCUUUCUGGCCAACCUGGAGUGUGACGCACUCUGCCAGGCAGCCCUGCUCCUCUGCUCGUGGAGGGCAGCCCCAUGACGGCUCUGCCCGGAGCUGGCGAAUUACUAAAAGAGCUUAGCAGCACCUGUGUCGUGAUGGUCUGUGAAUGCCGAGGGGCCCCGGGGUGUGAGAGGGUGGGAGUCAGGAGACAGGACCGUGUGGAGAGGGCUGGUCCACCAGAGAAGGCCUCAGUUGUGGCAAAUGGAAGGACAGUGUGAGUCAGAGUUCACAGUCUGUGGCUACUAACUCUAGCUGUGCAAUUUGGGACAAAUCCUAUAACCUAUAUGGACUUAAGUUCUCUUACCUAUAAAAUGAAGAAAUUGGUCUAACCCAGGAUUGGCCAGCUUUCUUUAGAGGGCCAGAUAGUAGAUAAUUUUAAGUUGUCAUAACCACUCUAUUCUGUCAUUAUAGUGCAAAAGUGGCUGCAAAAAUGUAAAUGAAUAAGCAUGGCUAUGUUCCCAUAGAGCUUUAUUUAUAGACACCGAAAUUUUGUUUUCACGUGUCACUAACUAUUCUUUCAAUUUUUUUCAACCAUCUAAAUGUGUAGAAACCAUGUUUAGCUUGCAGGCCAUACAGAGACAGGUGGCAGGCCAGUUUGCCAACCCCUGGUCUAGAUGAAUUCAGAUGGCAUAACUCUAAAAAAAAAAAUGCUGACUGAUCACUGGGUCCCUUUGUGUCUCUCUUGCUGCUAAUGUGUUAACUGCUGACCAGAAAGCCCUGUCUUAAGUCCCUGUCCUGUCCUCAUAGGCCUCUGCGAAGUUAAUGGCUGGACCGUUAAAUGAGGCUGAGCUGCGGAGGGUUAGGCCUGCAUCCACACCGCAGAGGAUAUAGGGUAAGGCAGUAGCUGAGGGUGGCUGUGACCUUUGCCCCUAGCACCAGGAACAGCCUGUGCUGUGGCUCAUUUGAGAGGCAGAGUGGCAUCAGGCCACAUUUGCCAGGUGGGCUAAGGCAGACUUUUGCACGGGUCGGCAUUCUCAGUGUGGAAAGCAUGUAAGUGAGGCCUGGGAGGUGGGAGCCUCUGCACUCACCCGCUGUGUGUUCUGGACCAGCUCCGGGUGCUCGUGAGAAGGCAUUUCCCCAGAGCUGCUCCGGCUACUGAGUUAACCUUGCAUAGCUGAAAUGACUGAGGAAGUGGAAAUUAACACUGUGGUGUUUUAAACUUGUUGAUUUCCCUCCUGACUAGCAUUUCUUACAGGAAUUGUGACAUUAAAUGCAAAUGUACAACUGCAGAAUA